AGACCUAGAUGGCAACUGGCUUACCAAAGAUGUGAAUGCGUAUCUCGAGAAUAACAGGGGGGGCGUAUGUUUACAUUCAGCGGCGUUCAGCACCGGGAGACGGCUGAAACAGACUUUACGUACGUCGGCAGAUACCGCGAUCAUCACGGUUAUCCCGUAGACGAACCUGUGGCACAUGGCUGUGCUGAGAAGAAGCGCUUGCUCCUUGACCAUUUCAUAUACAGCCGCAUACAUUUCCCAUAACCCAUCUCCCCAGAGGCCCGCGGCACGCGCCUCGCUGGUAGCGCGAGUGGGGGCGUCGCCUGCGGAGGGUGCUGUCGAAGCGGAGGGCGCGCGCGCCCCUCCCCCCGAGCGCGUCGUGGUACCCAUUUCCGCGCAACGCACGGUGUGCGUACCCUGGCAUCGGUCCGCAUCGGUCCAUCGGUUUCCUCGUCAGUGAACCGCGUCGGAGCGUGCGAAUUUUGGUGAAAAUUCACACACGCGUUUCAGUCUGAAAGUUUCGCAAAUUUAAACCGCAUCCGAGACUUUUCUGCCUGAUUUCCUUCGUCUUCGAAAUUUAUGUAUUUUGAUUGGCUGGUAGGUGGUUUUGGCACAUUUGGUUCUCGGUAUCAUAUCCCAGCAAAUUGAUUGGCUGGCAGACCAAGCACUCAUAUUUUGCCUUCGUCGUCAUUUUUAUAGAUUUAAGCUACUAGAUCGGAUAGCUAGUUAUUAUUAGUUUUAGCACAUUUUAGACCAAGUCUAUUUUAUAUAUCUUC